GAAGGGCCAGCCAAAAGCCGAAUGAAUCCUAAAGCCCUGUGUGAGGAUUCCCUCACCUGAUUCACUCAAACAAACCCAGGCACACCUUCUUAGGACAGUAAUCUCACCCUAGUGGAGGAAAUAAAGCACAAACCAGCAACACAAGGAAAGGAGACAGACAUGGUUCCCAUGUAGCCCCUAACCCACACUGAUGCAAAUACAGUUACCUAUACACAUCGAGACUUCAGAAACCAAAGCAAGGAAAGAGAUGUCUCUCUCGCACGUACCCGCACACACAUCGACAUCUUUAUCUUUUUGUUCCUUUAUUAACUUUUUUUUUUCUUUUUUGCCUUCCACUGCACCCAUGGUGAUGCUGCAUAGAGAAGUAUACGUCAAAUUGACCGCGGGCAGGGCCGUGGGGUGGAGAUACUGUAGGCUGCCUGGAUUUGGGCAGCUCUGAAUAUCUUAUUUUUAUGCAUAUUUUGGUUUUCUGGAUUGGCAUUGGAUUGUGGGUUCAUAGGCCUCAAAGAAAAGAGGAGAGGAGGAAGGCUCAAUGCUUGCACUUUACUCUCCAAUGGAUGCUUAGUGUGCUGCACUCUGAGCUGGUGGUUUAGAAAACCGGAGACAGUGUCUGCAUCCUUCUUUUAUUCUCUGCUGGUCUCUUUCUUUGAUUGUUAAACGCCCACAUUGCUUUGUUUUCUCUUCAAAAUCAGACUUUUCACUCCUCUGCCUUGGGUGUUCGUAUCACAGUCAUGCUAUCUGGAUUCCUGGGCUUCUUUGCUUUUCCAAGGUUUUAGAUUCAGAACUCUUCUGAGGAAGGGCAAAAAAAUGAAUCUCUUUCCCCCCCCCUCCUCUCCUUUCAGAUUCCAGUAGCCGGUUGUGUUCUUGAUCCGUUUUAAAUGGUCGGAAGAUCACGCCACAUCUUUCUGUUCUAAGCUUGACCUUUGGUUUCUGAUCUUUCUUUCUGAAAUAGAUCAGAAUACUUUUUUUUCUGGGACUCUUUUUCUUAGCCUUCUCCACUAGUAUCAGAAGAGAGAAUAAGAAACUAAUUUCUUUUGGGCGUUUGUUUUCCUCAUUUUUCUCUCGCAAGACCCAGAUUCCUGCAGACCCUUGGUAGAAUUUUGGGACCUUCCUCUUUGUGGCUGUAUGAAGAAGUGCUGAAACAAUGAGAGAUGAGAAUCCAAAGAAAAGCAAGCUGUCAUGGCCCAAGACCCUUGUUAAAAGAUGGUUCAACAUCAAGAGCAAAGGUCGGGAGCGUCAUGCAGAUGAUGUUGCUGAUAGAGGAGAUAAUAGGCAGUGGACGGCCAACUUUUCUGAGAGGGAGACAUGUACUGUCAAGAGAAGCAGCACAGAUAGAUUGUCCAGGAAGCACAUAGAUCAAAUUCAGCAAAGAACGUUUGAUCCUCAUUCCGCUCAAGUUGCAGAUGUUCAGGACUACAAGAUAUUUGUUGCAACUUGGAAUGUAGGUGGGAAGUCCCCACCAAGAAAUUUGAUUCUCUUGGACUGGCUUCAUUCUUCUUCUCCUUCAGAUAUAUAUGUUUUGGGCUUCCAAGAGAUUGUUCCACUAAAUGCUGGGAAUGUUCUCGUCACAGAAGAUAAUGGUCCAGCAAAGAAAUGGCUGUGGCUUAUUAGGAAGACUUUGAACAGUCCUGACACCUGCGGGUCUGAUAGCUAUCACACGCCAUCACCCGUUCCAUAUCCUAUCUUGGAGUUGAAUGCUGAUUUUGAGAGGUUCUCAGUGAGGCAGAAAAAUUCGUCAUUUCUCCAUCGACGUUCCUUUCAAUAUCCAAGUCAUAGUUUAAAAUUUGAAGGGGAUACUAUAUUACCCCAACAAAUGAUCGAGCACCGAUUCAGUGUCUGUGAUAGGGUUAGCUUUGAGAGCAGACCAAGUGAUUUUGAUUCCAAUUUUAGGUGUGAAGGUUCAUCUGAUGAUGAGAACAUUGGUGAGGAGUCACCUACUGACAUGUUUAGUUCACCAAAUUCGUAUGGCUAUGGUGCUCCUCCACAUGUUGAAGAAAGGGAUAGGCUAUCUGUGAACUCUAGGUAUUGUAUGGUUGCGAGCAAACAAAUGGUUGGAAUAUUUCUUACAAUUUGGGUGCGCAGUGACAUUAGAGAAGACAUUAAGAACUUGAAGAUUUCUUGUGUAGGCAGGGGAUUAAUGGGUUAUCUUGGAAACAAGGGUUCCAUAUCGAUCAGCAUGUCCUUUCACAAAACAAGUUUCUGCUUCAUCUGUAGUCAUUUGACCUCAGGGCAGAAAGAUGGGGAUGAACUGCGUAGAAAUUCAGAUGUCAUGGAGAUUCUAAAAAAGACUAGAUUCCCACAUGUGCAGAGAAGUGAUCGUGACAAGUCUCCUGAAACAAUUCUUGAUCAUGAUCGCAUAAUAUGGCUUGGGGAUUUGAAUUACCGCAUUGCUCUUUCAUAUCGGUCAGUGAAGACUCUAGUUGAAAUGCGCAACUGGAGAGCUUUGUUGGAAAAAGAUCAGCUCCAAAUAGAACAACGAUGUGGCCGUGUAUUUGAAGGAUGGAAAGAAGGAAGGAUAUAUUUUCCUCCCACCUAUAAAUAUUCAAAUAAUUCGGAUCGAUAUGCGGGGGAUGACACAAACCCUAAGGAGAAGCGACGAACACCUGCAUGGUGUGACCGUAUAUUAUGGAAUGGAAGAGGCCUUAAUCAAUUGUCUUAUGUUCGAGGAGAGUCGAGAUUCUCUGACCAUCGACCUGUAUAUAGCAUUUUCACAGCAGAGGUUGAAAUGAUGAAUCAUAGCUACCUCAGGAAGAACAUGGGUUAUUUUGGCUCUCGUGUGGAGGCGGAAGAACUGUUACCACACUCUCAUGGUUAUACAGAGUUAAACUACUGCUAGGUUUCCUGCCAAAUUAAGACAUUCUGCUUCACUUCAAACUACAAAGACUAUUCUCAACCUCUUUGGAAAUCAGCAUGUAGUUCUUCAAAUCAAGCAAAUAGAGGCCAAAAAGAGAGCAUUCAUUUAUUGGAAACUAGAGAUGAAGCAGGAAAAGCAGAUGGUCGUUUUGCUGCUGUCCAAAAUCUAGUCAAGAAAGAUGUUUGAGAGAACUAAACCAGAAUAGGUCAGUUACAACAUCUACAGAAAGCUUGCUUCACUCACUAAAACCUAAGCAAUCCUACUAGCAGCCAGAUGAUAGUUCCCAGUUGAACAAGAAUACUCUCAAAAUAAAGAUACAUUGAACCAAUAAGAAGAUGAGACACUCCUAUUGCACCAUCCAACCAGUCUGAAGUAGCCAAGUGAGCAUAUAACUUUUUUUCUUUUUGAAUUUAAUUUUUAUUUGUGACAUCAUUCUUCUCAAAAUGAGUGCAGAAAUUUUGUAGAGCAAGAAGGGUGAAGUACAGUCAAUAAUAAUGUGCAUAAUUCUUUUCUUUUUUGUAUUGAGAAGAAGGAUGAGUUCCUGGUUCAUACUCAUUGCCAUUGCGCUGGUGAUAGAAAUAUGUAUCAGUCAUAAAUUGUUCGGAGAGCAUGGUAUACGUUUUAUGAAGCAAACACUUGACGCCA